AUGCACCCACUGGGCCUGUGUAAUAACAAUGAUGAAGAGGACCUGUAUGACUAUGGCUGGGUAGGAGUGGUGAAGCUGGAACAGCCCGAGCUGGACCCCAAACCAUGCCUCACUGUCCUGGGCAAGGCCAAGCGAGCAGUGCAGCGGGGAGCCACGGCAGUUAUCUUUGAUGUGUCGGAAAACCCAGAAGCUAUUGACCAGCUGAACCAGGGCUCAGAGGACCCACUCAAGAGACCCGUGGUGUACGUGAAGGGCGCAGAUGCCAUCAAGCUGAUGAACAUUGUCAACAAGCAGAAAGUGGCCCGAGCCAGGAUCCAACACCGCCCACCCCGGCAACCCACUGAAUACUUUGACAUGGGCAUCUUCCUGGCUUUCUUUGUCGUGGUCUCCCUGGUUUGCCUCAUCCUUCUGGUGAAAAUCAAGCUGAAGCAGCGACGUAGUCAGAAUUCCAUGAACAGGCUGGCUGUGCAGGCUCUGGAGAAGAUGGAAACCAGGAAGUUCAACUCCAAGAGCAAGGGUCGCCGGGAUGGGAGCUGUGGGGCCCUGGACACACUCAGCAGCAGUUCCACGUCUGACUGUGCCAUCUGCCUGGAAAAGUACAUUGACGGAGAGGAGCUGCGAGUCAUCCCCUGCGCUCACCAAUUCCACAAGAAGUGCGUGGACCCCUGGCUGCUGCAGCACCACACCUGCCCCCACUGUCGGCACAACAUCAUAGAACAAAAGGGAAACCCAGGUGCCGUGUGCGUGGAGUCGGGCAACCUCUCUCGGGGCCGGCAACAGCGAGUCAUCUUGCCGGUCCAUUACCCCGGCCGGGUGCACAGGACCAACGCCAUCCCAGCCUACCCCACGCGGACGAGCAUGGACUCCCACGGCAACCCCGUGACGCUCCUCACUAUGGACCGGCACGGGGAGCAGGGCCUCUAUGCUCCGCAGACCCCCGCCUACAUCCACAGCUACCCGCCCCUCCACCUGGACCACGCGCUGGCCGCCCACCGCUGCGGCCUGGAGCACCGGGCCUACUCGCCCGCCCACCCCUUCCGCAGGCCCAAGUUCAGUGGCCGCAGCUUCUCCAAGGCAGCUUGCUUCUCCCAGUAUGAGACCAUGUACCAGCACUACUACUUCCAGGGCCUCAGCUACCCGGAGCAGGAGGGCCAGCCCCCACCCGGCCUGGCCCCCCGAGGCCCAGCCAGGGCCUUCCCAUCUGGCGCUGGUGGCCUGCUCUUCCCCAGCGGGGCACAUGUGGCGCCCCCGUCCCACCUGGAGAGUGGCAGCACGUCCAGUUUCAGCUGCUACCACGGCCACCGCUCGGUGUGCAGCGGCUACCUGGCCGACUGCCCAGGCAGCGACAGCAGCAGCAGCAGCAGCUCGGGCCAGUGCCACUGCUCCUCCAGCGACUCCAUGGUGGACUGCACGGAGGUCAGCAACCAGGGCGUGUACGGCAGCUGCUCAACCUUCCGCAGCUCCCUCAGCAGCGACUAUGACCCCUUCAUCUACCGCAGCCGCAGCCCCUGCCGCACCAGCGAGGCCGGUGGCUCAGGCCGGGGGCCGGCAGUACCCCUCGAGAGUUCCCCACCACCUGAGGAGCUCCCGGCGGGGCACAGUCGGGGCACAGGCCAGGGAGAGCCUUGGCCCGGGCCGGCCUCGCCCUCGGGGGACCAGCUGUCCACCUGCAGCCUGGAGAUGAAUUAUAGCAGCAACUCGUCUCUGGAGCACAGGGGGCCCAACAGCUCUACCUCAGAAGUGGGGUUCGAGGCUUCUCCGGGGGCAACCCUGGACCUCAGGAGGACCUGGAAGGGGGGCCAGGAGGGGCUCACAUGUUCCUGCUGCUUUGAGCCCCCACCCUCUGCACUGGAGCCUGGUGCAGGUGUGGCCGACAGUGGCCCCUUGUUCUUGGGCGCCCCCCUCUGUGAGGGCUGUGGCCCCUCGGGUGGGGAACCACUGUUGGGACACCCCCAAGGUCUGCAUGGCCUUCACCCAGACCAUUUGGCCAGGACAGAUGGGGUUAAGUACGAGGGCCUGCCCUGCUGCUUCUAUGAAGAGAAACAGGUGGCCCGCAGCGGGGGCGGCGGCUGCUACACUGAGGACUACUCCGUGAGCGUCCAGUACACACUCGCUGAAGAGUCCCCACCCAGCUGCCACCCGGCACCCCGGGACCUGAGCCAGCGUAUCCCCAUCAUCCCCGAGGAUGUGGGCUGUGACGUGGGCCUGCCCUCGGACUGCCAAGGGGCCCAGUGCUACCACCCCUGGGGCGAGACGCCAGGCCCCAACACCCCACAACCCCAGUGGGGCCUGUGCGCUGCCCGGGAAGGUGAGCAGGCAUUGGGCUGCCCUCCCGAAGAGAAGGGGACCCCGAGGGCCAGCUUCCUUGGUGCCCAUCAGGCCACUCAGGAGUCUAACACGAUGGCCAUGGAAGCUGCAGCCUGCAAGUGUGAGCUGGGCCAGCAGUAUCCAGAGGAGCACUUUGUCUUGUUUCUACCCCAGUCUAUCAGCCACUGA